AUGGCUUACGAGAGCUUCCGUCCAAGAUAUAUUCAGCCUCUGUGGGCUCCUCGCUCUCUCAGCGUUCAUGUUCGAUCAUGGGCGGAAGUGCAGAAGCGAGCCGGAUUCUUGGCGGUCACACACCUUGUUCCCCUCUGCUCCGGGUUUAGCUUCAGUCUCCCUGCCUAUGUCUACCGCGUCGAACGGGGCACGUUGCAAUGGGCCCACCGGUGGCUAGGCCGCGUUUGCGCAUUGCAUUGCCUGCUUUAUAGGUCCGUCUUAGGCACAGUCGCUCGGAAUACAAGACUUGCAGCUCCCCUCGUCAUUCCGCUCGUGACGCUCGCUGCGAUCCUUCAACGUUGGCCGCAACUCGGCCUGAAGAUCCACUAUGUGCUUGCUACGGUCGCCACCGGCGCCCUUACCUACCAUUUGAUCGACCGCGCAUCGGCCUACCGCUGGGUUCUACUAGGCGACCAUCCCCACUGGGUGGGGAACGAAAUCUCGCAAAUCCUCGAACUCGACCGUAUGUUUGACCGAAACGAUUGUCUAGAGCAUAGACACCGAGAUGACCGGGGAUUUGAUAUCCUACAAUUCACCACACAUAUCCUAGAUACUCAGCCGAUGGACCGGAUUCACUACCGCAACCGUACGCGCUUGAAAUAUCAUUUCUAUGCCAUCAAUAUCGACAAGGAGUCGGCAUACCUAACGGAUGGUAGAGGUGGAACGACCGCAGUUUCAGUGUGCGCUAGCAAGUCGACACGCGCAGCAGUACGUCGCAUUGUUCAUUCCAGAACGAGUGGUGAUUGUCGAUUGAUUGACCUGGAGCUAGAACCCUCCUAUAAGUGGUGGGCAGACAGUGACCCUUUCGUCUAUGACACAAUUGCAUCGCCAAGAGAACCCUCUAAUGCUGGCAGAAUUUUUGAGCCCGGGUGGCCACCGACUGCCAUGCCCGUUGCGUAUCCUGUUCCUAGGCAGGCCACUCGGCUGUCUAGAGAGACCUUAGUGGAUAAUAGACGAUCUUGGCAGAGUGAUGAUUCGGCGUUUAGAGGGCAGAGUGCCAAUCACAAAAAGUGGGUUCGGCAGAAACUCACCGAAGGCGGCGUCUAG